CGGCACUCGAUGACGUAGUAUCCUUGAAAUAUUGGCUUGGAUUUCCUCGCGAUUGAGAAACAGCCACAGCAGUAGGACUGUUAGCGAUGUGCAUUGACGAGCAACUGCAGCUACACGGACCAAAUUGAAUGGCGCACAGUAGGCGGGGCUUAUUGAAGAUUGACAGGUGCUGAACGAAUAGGACUUUAGAAUCUGCUGAUGUUAUGGAAAACAUCGACCAAUCAGAAUCAACAGAGGGCGCAACAGACUCAUCGUGGUAAAUGUAAACGGUUGAAUUUGUAGGUUUAGAGUUUGUAAGUGAGCCUUUUACAGCAAAUGUAUUGCAUUGUUUUCAUUUACCAGCUAACGUUACAUUUACAGGAUACACCGACAUUUUAUGUGAAUGGCAUAAAGGUAAACACAAUGAUUUUGUCAAGGACAGAGCAUGUUAUGCUGUCAGAUUCUUAAACCAGCCUCAUGAAACAGCACGUUUAUUAUCAGCAUCUUAAAGUUAUGCUUCCAUCCAUUUAUCGUGGGAUAUGGGGAGCUGCUGUCCACACACUAAAGACAAGCAGAGGAACUCCAACUUGCAGAUUCUUAUCCACCUGCGAGGGAGUCCCGUUUGGACUGGCAGAUGCUGAGAGCAUCUUUGCCUUAUCAUCGGGCCAUGGCCGGUGUGGGGUGGCUGUGGUUCGAGCCAGUGGUCCCGCCUCAGCCACAGCUCUGAGAUGUAUGGCGGGGGUCUCACGCAGCCCUCCUCCUCCACGCACCGCUCUGUUACGCAGCAUCAGAGACCCCAUAUCAAAAGAAGUUCUGGACCGUGGACUUGUCUUCUGGUUCCCAGGUCCACACAGUUUUACAGGAGAGGACAGUGUGGAGUUCCACAUCCAUGGCGGCCCUGCUGUGAUUACUGCUGUCCUACAGGCUCUAGGAAGCGUGCCUGGCAUGAGGCCUGCUGAAGCUGGAGAGUUCACACGGAGGGCCUUUCAAGCAGGGAAACUGGAUUUAACAGAGGUGGAGGGGCUCGGAGAUCUGAUCCAUGCUGAGACGGAGGCUCAGAGACGACAGGCUCUGAGGCAGAUGUCAGGAGAGCUGGGACACCUUUAUCAGGACUGGACCCACAGACUGAAACGGUGUCUGGCUCACGUUGAGGCCUUCAUAGACUUCAGUGAAGACGAGCUAAUUGAGGACGGGGUCUUAAACCAAGUGGACCGAUGGGUGUGUGAUCUGCAGGCAGAGAUGGAGCGCCACCUAAAGGACGAGAGGAGGGGCGAGCGGUUACGCAGCGGAGUCCAGGUGGUCAUCGCAGGAGCCACUAAUGCAGGGAAAAGUAGCCUUCUGAACACACUCUGCCAGAGACCUGCAGCAAUUGUGUCUCCCAUCGCUGGCACUACCAGGGACAUAGUGGAGACGGCCCUGGACAUCGGGGGAUUCCCGGUCCUCUUGAGUGACACCGCCGGCCUCAGGGAGAGCCCCGACCUGGUGGAGAGGGAGGGGGUCCGCCGAGCUCGGGAGAGAGUGGAGCAGGCCGAUCUGACGCUGGUGGUAGCGGAUUGUGCUGAUCUCCCCUCUGAUGCCCAGCAGGCUGCAGCCUUCCUCCAGGAGCACCUCAGGAGUGUCCUGCCCCCCCAGGAGCAGCCUGAGACGGUGUUUCCUGCAGACCGGUUGCUCCUGGUGCUGAACAAAAUGGACCUGCUGCCUGAGGAGCAGAGGCUUGAGCUCGACGGGGAGCUGAGACAAGUCUCUGGAUUCCCUCCUGUCUGUCUGAUCUCCUGCCACACUAAGGAAGGAGUGCACGACUUCCUCACAGUGCUGCACAGCAGUGUUAAAACUCUGUGUGGCGACCCUCUAUCUGGUGCCCCCACCUUGACCCAGGCCCGCCACAGGGCCCACCUGCAGCAGUGUUUUGCGGCCAUGGCUCAGUACCAGCGAUACCGGGACCUGGACCUGGCUCUAGCAGCCGAAGGUGUCCGCCUGGCUCUCACCAGCCUGGGCCGGAUCACUGGACGUGUCGGGGCAGAGGAGAUCCUAGAUAUCAUCUUCAAAGACUUCUGCAUUGGAAAAUGAGCAGACGAGUGUCAGGGCUGCAUUCUUGCAUAGUCCCAGAGUAACAGUAAAGAAAACAAGAUACAAAGAGCAGCGGCAUUUUGCCAGGCUUUGAGACAAAGUAAAAGUGUUAAGAGUCAAAGGGUCAUUUUGCUCCCAAGACACAGACAUCUUUGUUUUAUGUUAAUGCUCUGCAAAAGACUGAAAUAGCUUUAACGUGAUGACAGGUGCCUCUGAGGCCCCAUGUGCUGGACAAGUGUUUGGCAAGUCUUGAGUCAUAAUGUAAAAUUAGUUCUUGAAAGCCUUUGAUUGGUGAACAUUGGGCUCUUGGGCCGCAACAUUACAGCCAAGAUUCUUACAGUAAAACAAGCCCGCUGCAGACCUGUGAGAGGUCAUGGACUCAAACUGUGGAUGUUUACUUGAACUGCAGGACAAUGCAUUUAUUUUUCUUUUGGUUGGGGUGGGGGGAGGCAUUCUAACAAUUAAAAUGUACUAUUUGUUAUUUAUUUACUUUUUAAAGUUUAUUUCAUUUUCAAAGAAAUUAGUAAGGCUAUUUAAGAUUUGGACAGCAGUUAUUUCAUACAAAAUAAACACAUGUCACAUUGGGUCUUGAUGUGUAGUAGGGGGAUAAUAAUAAAUCAAAUUUUAUUUCAUAAAUCAAAAAGAGAAACUGAAAAAAUCUUAUAAUAAAUACAUAAGAUUAUCUUUAAACCUGCAUUCAUUUCAGAAUUUUGACAAAUGUAGUGUAACAACUGAUUGAAUUGGUGAGGUCUAAAUGCUACAUAAAGCACAUCAUAAUGUAUACAGCAUUUGGGUCGGAGUGGUCCCGCUCCCCUCUCUGCUCUGUGGAAAGGGGACGUUUUUGGAGGCAAUGCUUUUGGUGCCCUUUGUUCCCCUGUCAAUCUGAGCCCCAUCAAAUAUUUAUGUUUCCUCGUUGAACUUCUCACCCUUCUUCCCCAGGCGGUUUCUUCUCUGACGACAGUUGCCCUGCUGUACUUCAGCAUGGCUACCCGUCUCGCUAAUUUUUGUCUCUCUCCACUUUGUCUCGGCUACCUGACCUUCCCUCUUUCCGCACUGUCCUGUCAGCCUUUUGGUCCUCUUUCAUGUUCCCCCUGAUUAAUCACCACACCGGGGGAGUUGAAACUAAAAGCAGGACUUGCUGUCGUACAAAUUAGAGGCAGUAAAUUGUGGAGCCUGGUUUGUCUUUGAAGUCGUGCCUGUGUGACAUUUCUUUACCACAGAUGUGAAAAAAUGUGUUUAC